AUGUUCGCCAAAUUCCGCCAACAGCAGCAGCAGCAGCAGCAGCAGGGAGGGGAUUCGUCGCCGUGGGAAUCAGAGGAACCGGAACCAACCGAGCUGAACCCGAGCAAGUGCGGGCAACGGUUACUUCUAAGCAAGGACAAGCUAAGCGUCACGUACACGGGCAACGGCACGCACAACAACGAUGUCGGCGCUAUCCAGGCGAAUCGCGCGGCGCCGAGCCAGCGCGCGAUUUACUACUUCGAGAUUGUCGUGAAGGACCGCGGCGCGCGCGGGUGUGUGGCCGUUGGGUUCGCGGACGCGAGCUUCAAGACGUGCCGGCAGCCAGGGUGGGAGGCGAGCAGCUACGGGUACCACGGGGACAACGGCAAGGUGUAUCACAACAGUGGGCGCGGGGAGGCGUACGGGCCUGAGUUCACCACCAACGACGUGGUGGGCGCGGGCGUCAACUACGGCACACACGAGAUCUUCUUCACAAAGAAUGGCAAGUCGUUGGGGCCAGCGUUUCGGGAUGUGAAGGACGAGCUCUUCCCCACCGUCGGCCUGCACAGCCCCAAUGAGAGGGUGGAGGUCAACUUUGGUCAGAAGCCGUUCCUCUUCGAUGUGCAGGGCAUGGUGAUGGACGAGCGGGCCAAGGUGCAGCGGGCCAUAGACCGCAUCCCCUUGUCGCCACACAUCACACACAGCAUAGUGCGCUCAUACCUGCUCUUUCACGGCUAUGCUGACACUCUUGCUGCCCUCGAUGCUGCUAACAACACGACUCCUGCCGCAACGCCUGAUGCUGCUGCUGCUGGUGCUUGCGGGGUGGCAAACGGAGCCGUAGAGUCUGCUUCCCUGCUGCGACCAUCAGCAGCUGCUGCUGCGGGUGCAAAAUCUCCAGGCAACACGCUGUCAUUGCAAGGAGCAGAAGCAGCAGCAGCAGCAGCAGCAGCAGCAGGGCUGGCAAGGGCGCCUAGAGUGGAGUUGCCUUCAUGGGACACUGUGCUAACAGGCACGCUCGCCUUCCGAGCUCAAGUCAGACAGGUGGGCAUGUGGACACAAGUGGAUUGGGGAGGUGGACCAAGGAAGUGGCCUGUUGCAGAGAAGUACUCUCUGAUACGUGCGGGGCACAUGGAUGCAGCACUCAACAAGCUCUUUGAAGUGCUGCCCCAGCUGCUGCAGAACGAUAGUGCAGGAGUCACGUUCCUUCUCCGGACCACCAAGUUUGCGGAAAUCGUUCGGUCGGGGUCGCUAGAGGCAGCGCUGGCAUAUGCGCGUUCAGAGCUCUCAGGCUUUCAAGGCCGUUCACCCGACCAAGACGCACUGCUGGAGGACUUCCUCGCUCUCUUGGCAUAUCCAGAUGCCACCAGCAGCCCCCUCGCCUACCUGCUGCACCCCUCGCAUCGAGACGCGGUAGCAGAUCAAGUCAACACCGCGAUCCUCUCUGCUGCUGCUGCUUCGUCCACCCACUCCCUCCCCACCCCUCCCUCCUCCCUCUCCCCGUCCGGCCCUCUCGAUAUGUCCGCUUCUGGUGCUCAUGCUGCCGCCGCUGCUGCUGGUGGCGCUGCUGGUGCUUCCAGUGCUGCUGGUGGUGCUGGUGAGGGUGCUGCUGAUAAGGUUGCUUUGGACUCGAGGGAUUAUGCACUUGCCAUGGCAGACAGAGCCGGUAGCAGCAGCAAUGCGAGUGGGUCGUUUGCAGGGGCAGUGGGGAGAAUACCAGGACGGGGUGGACGGGAGGGGAAUGGACGGAGGAGGAGGAAGGGGGGUGAUAAGCUGGAACGUAAGAAUGGGGUUGGGAUGUGGGAGGGGAAGGGUGGGGAAGGUAAAGAAAUGGGGUUGGAAGAGUUGGGGCAGCAGGAGGGCACGUGUUAA